GGCGGCGUCCCUGUCAUGGCGGCCUCCACGCUGCUGUCGGCGUGGGGCCCGCUACGGCCCGGCGUCCCCGGCCUGUGCCGCUGCCGGCAGCCCAGGGGCCUGUGGGCGCACGCAUGGCGGCUUCCGGAGCCCGCAGGGUCCGGGCGGAGCGUGGCCGCGGUCACCGGACCUGGCAUCUCGGGCACUGACCGCUACUGCUUGGAGCUGCUGCGGAAACGAGAUUAUGAAGGCUAUUUAUGCUCCCUGCUACUCCCUGCAGAAUCCAGAAGCUCUGCUUUUGCACUGAGAGCUUUCAAUGUGGAACUGGCUCAGGUUAAGGACUCUGUCUCUGAGAAAACAAUUGGACUGAUGAGAAUGCAGUUUUGGAAAAAAACUGUGGAUGAUAUAUACUGUGACAGUCCACCACAUCAGCCUGUGGCCAUUGAACUAUGGAAGGCUGUCAAAAGACAUAAUCUGACUAAAAGAUGGCUUAUGAAAAUCAUUGAUGAAAGAGAAAAAAAUUUGGAUGACAAAGCAUAUCGUAACAUCCAGGAACUGGAAAAUUAUGCUGAAAACACACAGAGCUCUCUUCUUUAUCUAACACUAGAAAUAUUGGGUAUAAAGGAUCUUCAUGCAGAUCAUGCCGCAAGUCACAUUGGAAAAGCACAAGGCAUUGUAACUUGCUUGAGAGCAACGCCGUAUCAUGGUAGUAGAAGAAGAGUAUUCCUUCCCAUGGAUAUUUGUAUGCUGCAUGGUGUUUCACAAGAGGAUUUUCUGCGGAAGAGCCAAGAUAAAAAUGUGAGAGAUGUGGUAUAUGACAUGGCCAGCCAGGCACACUUGCACCUAAAGCAUGCUAGGUCCUUCCACAAAAGUGUUCCUGUGAAAGCAUUUCCUGCUUUCCUUCAGACGGUUGCUCUGGAGGAUUAUUUAAAGAAAAUUCAACAAGUGGAUUUUGAUAUAUUCCACCCAUCUUUACAGCAGAAGAAUACUUUACUUCCAUUAUCUUUGUAUAUUCAGUCAUGGAGAAAAAGAUAUUAAAAUAAUUUCGUGGCACUGA